AACUCUGUCAGUAUUGGACAGCAAAAUUUCGGAAACAGAAUUUAACUAGUAGAAAAAAAUAUUUUAAAAAAUGCAGCAAAAUCGGUUAAAUGUUAUACGUAGUCUUUUGGCACUUCGUUCACUGACACUCCAGAUACCAAAAUAUUCAAGCACAAUUGAUGUUUCUCCCAGACCACAGCAAUUAAUAUUUCAUCGGUAUCUUACACAAGCAAAAACAACAAAAACAAAAACUGAUGAACAAAAAGCAAAUAAAUUAAAGCAAAAGAUAACGCUUAUUGGUCAGAAUGAAUCCAUCAACAUUACCACUCUCGAGGAGGCCCAAAAGUUGGCCAAACGUCGAGAUUUACAUUUGCUACGUUUGCAACAGCCGGACGCAAAAACCGGUCGCGUGGUGUUCAAAUUAGUUACAGCUGCUGAAAUGUUGGCUGAUGAGACACAGGAAAAAGGCACUACCAAAUCUACGGAUAAGCAGGGCCACAAAAAAUCGGAAAAGUCCUUAACCAUUGGCGCUCGAAUGACUGACCAUGAUUUGUCUUCCAGGCUGAAGAACAUAAUCAAAUGGCUGAAUAAACGACACGAGGUGCGCAUUCUCAUCCAGGGAAAUGUGAGUGGCGCCGAUGAAGGCAAUGUGGAUCGCAUUGUCAAGGCCAUUGAGACGACCAUCAAGGAGCCGCAAGUCAUUGGCAAGAUUGUGCAAAAGCGCCAAAAGGAAAAUUACGUCAAGUUCAACAUAAUCCCAGUUGCACCUGCAGCGCAACCAGAUGAAGCUGCAGUAAAGCAAUUGUGACAACCAAUGGGCCUAUUUACGCCCAUCCCAACAGGUCCAACAGAAAAGCUCCUAAUUGAUUUGUCUCCAAUAUUCGGUAAUCUAGAUACAGUCCAGGCAAAGCAAAACUAUUCCACUUUCCGGAGCCAGGAACAAAACGAACCAGAUGG